GGAUAAGUAUAGAUGAAAAUCAAUUUGUCCUUUUCAGCUUGCUAAAGAGAUGGAAUGUGCGGAUUUGCCGGAAAGUAUGCGUGAACAUAUGAUGAUAUUUCUAACACAAAAAGAAUCGCGUUAUUUACGAUUAAAGCGGCAAAAAAUGAACAAAGAUAUGUUUGAAGUAGUGAAACAUAUUGGUUUCGGUGCAUUUGGUCGUGUAUCAUUAGUUAAAAAGAAAGAUACUGGGCAAGUGUAUGCGAUGAAGAAAUUAUUGAAAAAAGAUGUGAUCAAGAAACAACAAGCAGCACAUGUGAAAGCUGAACGUGAUAUUCUUGCGGAAGCUGAUAGCAACUGGAUUGUCAAACUUUACUACUCAUUUCAGGAUGAACAAUCUCUAUACCUUAUUAUGGAAUAUGUUCCGGGUGGUGAUAUGAUGCAACUUCUUAUUAACAAGGGGCUGUUCGAAGAAAAGCUUGCUAGGUUUUACAUCGCUGAGCUAACAUGUGCCAUCGAGUAUGUUCACGGCCUUGGUUUCAUUCAUCGUGACAUUAAGCCGGAUAAUAUACUGAUUGAUCAGAAUGGUCAUAUCAAGUUGACUGAUUUUGGUUUAUGCACAGGUUUGCGAUGGACGCAUGAUAAACGCUAUUAUGGACCUGAUAAUGAUGAGGUAGAGAACACGGAAACACGGAAAGGAUAUUUGGCUUCGCAUCCAAAUUUGUCGGGAAUAGGCCGACCAAAAGUGCUAGAAAUCAGAAAUCAUUGCAAGCGGAAUCAAUCGCAUUCAUUAGUAGGAACUGACAACUACAUGGCACCGGAAGUAAUUCGAGGAACUGGUCAUACUCAACUUUGUGAUUGGUGGUCCGUGGGAGUCAUUUUAUAUGAAAUGGUUUUCGGUAGACCACCAUUUCUUUCAGAAGAUCGAUAUGAGACACAAUAUAAGAUUGUAAAGUGGCGACAAUAUCUUGAUUUAAACAAUCGUACUGGCGAAAAAUUAUCACUAAAAUGUAUCGAUGUAAUCCGGAAAUUGUGUUGCGAACAAGAAGAUAGACUUGGUUGUAAAAAUGGUGCGGAAGAUCUUAAAAUUCAUCCAUGGUUUAAGGGUAUCGAUUUUUCAACGUUGCGUUCCACACGUGGCGAAUACGUUCCACGUGUGGAACAUGCUGAAGAUACAUCGAAUUUUGAUACAUUUGAAUUCGAUUCCUCCGAUCAGUCAUUUGACACAGUGGCAAAACGUGCAAGCGCCUCGGCAGCAUUCAAUCCAGCAUUCUAUGAAUUUACAUUUCGUCAUUUUUUCGACUUUGAUGGACAAGGUUGUCCUAGUUUUCGUAAACGUCGUCCAUCAUUGGCACCUUUGCUGGAAGCUACUGGUGCUAAUUUGGCUGCACAUCCAGGCAUUGGUAAUCAAAUCAACAAGGCCAAAGAUCAUAGAAAUAAUGACAGGACAAAUGCUGGUAAUAUGAGGUUUCGGUCGCCGACAGUAGGAGCACCAAUACUACUACCGCCACCAGUUAAAACAACAGCGGCCGUAGGAAUCAUACAAGGCGACGAAUAUGAAAGCGAUGACUCACUAGUUGUAUAGAAUUUCAGAUGUUGGUUUAAAGAUGUAGGAAAAAGUUUCGAAGAGUUUAAUUUUUGGAUUUUUUUAUUCAUUGCAAUGCUGCAGUACUUUCUUCUGGGUAUUUCUCUUUUUCGACUGUAGCAGAAAACUUUUUAUUGCUUUGGUGGGC